UUCCAUCCAAUCAUUGAUUCAGUGACGAUGCAACCGUAAAGGUCAGCUAGCUAGGCUAGCUAACAGGGCAUGGUUGACUUCACUUGGGAUUUUAAUCACAAUAGUUCAACUGCGGGUCGUAAACAUUGGCUAUCGAAAAUGUUGACCACAUCUUGGCACAAGAACAUGUCGGUAUUAUCACACAAAAAAACUCUUUAAUCCCAUACAAAAAAUUAAAAAUCUGAAUAAAUAAAACCGAUAACUAAUUGUGACCGUAACGUUUGGUCGUGAGUGACCUACUCCUACACAUAUUGAAAUAACCUAAUUUCUGACAGCUGGUUGUCGUCAGAGCAGUGUAGGAAGGGUAUGAGUCGUUGUCACGUAGCCUGUCCUGUCCUGAGUGUACGCUAGUUGUACUCACAGGGACAUUGUCUUAAUUUAUUGUCCCUGUUCUGUUCUCACGAGAACCGGUAAUCUCGAACUAAGGCACUGAGCUGCAUGACUGAGUCCACCAUGGUCUUCACAGUACGCACGAGGAUGUGGUGGAUACGUCUGAAGAUCAACAGUUACAAGGAUUACAUAAAGUCUCGAAGUUCAGCUGAUCUUGUUCAGCUUGGUCCUACUCUGGGAUAUGUUCUUCUUGUAUAUAUGUCAGUCUUUCAGAUCCAGUGGUACAUUCCUAAUGACUGGGACCCCACACCAAAGAUGUAUAUUCCUCCUACUCCAGUCCCUCGACAAAACAUCAGCAACAUGAUGGAGCUCAAAGAUGGUAUAACAUUUGUCACUGCAUAUUUUGAUCUUGGAACAUUUAAAAAAGGAUCGGUUGUAUUCAAGUAUUUUGGAAAACAUACCUAUAAAAAUUGGAUGACGGCAUAUUCGAAAUUCAACAACUCAGUAAUUCUUUUUACUGAUUCAUCAGAAAUUGAGGAAUUGUUUCGUGAACACAGAAAGCACUUUCCAAGUCAUAUGACACGCAUUAUUAAGAUCGAACAAGACAAGUUAUGGUCGUUUCGAUUAGCUCCUAAGAUCAAACAGAUAUAUGCACAACCUGGGUAUCCUAAGCACCCUCCUAAUACAGUCAAUGAAAGGUAUUCAUGUGCCAUGCAUGUGAAGUACGAAGCCCUGGAAAUGGUGAUUCGUGAAAGGCAGUACAAUACGAAGCAUCUAGCAUGGAUUGACAUUGGGUAUUUUCGUGACAAAGAAGCAAAAUUAUUUUCAUUAGAAACACCUCCAGAUUUCAAGAAAGACCACAUAGCCUUCAUGCAAAUAGAUCGAUUUUACGAGGGAAAAUCCGCCCAUGAGAUCAUAGCAGACAACAUGGUGUGGAUAGCUGGUGGAAUGUUCCUUGGUCAGCCUGAUUAUCUGUUAACGUUCAUCGCUGACUAUAAGUACAGUGUGGAGAGUCUGAUAGCACAGAAACUGAUGAGUACCGAUCAACAGGUACUCUACAUCAUGUACUCGAAGCAAUCACAUCUACGUGCACGUGUUCCUGUCCAAAUGUACUAUCAUAAUUGUCGAUGUGACUGGUUUUUCUUGGGUACUAUCUGUCGGUAUAUCUGGGAAAUGAAACACUGGCCCCGUCCACCUGUAGGAUACUUUUUGGCUUUAUCGUUGUAAACAACCUCUCCUCAGUGACCAGUUUAAGAAAAAGAUGAUGAUCAGUGUAAAUGGAUCAAUAUUCUCUGUUAUAAACAUUUUGAAGACAUUCAUUUUAUGUUUUCCUCAAGUUUUUUUGAAAAAAAUAUUAGUCAAACCUAUCAUUUCUAUUAUAUUAUUUUUGAAGCAUCCAUUAUUGUGAAAAAUCAGAGAUUUCUUUUGAUGAAAUAUUGGAAGUAGUCCACUUAAAAGUCUCUACUGACCUACCAAAAAUGAGCUUCUUCAGUCAGCCAUCUAAUACAAGAUCAAAAAUGUAUCAAAAGUUCAAAUUGAACAUCUUUUGUCUUAAACUGUCAUGGCUAUUUACUUCACAUGGCACUAUGAUUACUGUCUUCACUAUAUAAUGUCAGGUCAUGACUUUCUGGUCAAUAGGUAUAGCUUGGAAGUCUAAUUUAUAUGAUAUCACAUGAGAUUCUACUUAUGAAAUAUAUAUAUGAGUCCUUUUAUCCUGCAAAUUCUUAGGUUGUGUAAUUUCUGUUGCUGUGUGGUGCCUUGUAUGGCAAUGUAAGUCAUGUGCUCACUUUUGUUCUGUAGUCCCUCGUAACAAUAUUCUGUCGGAUGGUUCCCUAUGUCAUGUCUAUACAUACCUCUUUUUAUCACUGUCAUGUGAUCACUUAUGUCAUAUGAUCUGGAUCCCUUUUUCAUGUGAUCCUUUAAGUCAUGAUCAAAUGAUCCCCUGUCAUUUGAUUCUCAUGUUGUGAAAUGUGAUCUCUAAUGUCAUAUGGCCCCUUAUGUCAUGUUGUCCCUUCAUCAUGUGAUCCCUGAAGUCAUGAUCAUGUGAGCUCUUAUAUGUCAUGUGAUCCAUUAUGUCAUGUUAUCCCUUCAUCAUGUGAUGUCAUGAUCAUGUGAUCCCAAUUAUAUCAUGUGAUUCUCUUGCAUAAUGUAAAUGAUCCCUUCCGUUAUGUCAUGAAAGACUUUUUUCUCUGGAUUUGGACCUAUGUGGCCUUUUGCCCUGUCGUGUAAUCUCUGAUAUGUGAUGUGAUCCCUUGAUUUGGUACUGUAUAAAUUACUGCAUUGAAGUAGUUGCAUGAUGAAGAAAUUGAUAUGUAUACAUUAAUUCACAUUGUUGAUCUGAUUUUCUUUACAUUUUACAUUCCAUUUGAUAAAUACAUAUGCACUGUACUUUUAAAUUUCAUGUUGGAAUAGGUCAGUAUUCCUCGGUAAAAAAAGGCAAAUCAUUCACUCAGUUGUUCCCUUCAUCAUAUCAGAUGUGUUGUAAAUAUAUUAUUUAAAUAUGAUUUUUCAGUAACAUUUACAUGAUAUGUUGUGAGAUUAACACAUUAUAAUGAGUUUAUUUAAGGUUUUUUUUUUAACUGAGAUAUUAAUGGUUUCUAUUUGAUAUUUUGUUGUAAUCAUACAAUUUUUUUAAGCAUUGAUGUCAUUUUUUUUAGUUUCAUCGGAGUAUGAAACAAAUUUUGUUUGCAAACUGUAUGAAUCUGCGUGACAUUAUGAAUUAGAAUAUAACUCAUUUUAAUGUUGAUUUAGGUGAUUUUGAUCAGGGUGUAAUUAGAAGUAUAUGAUUUGAUCUGUAGUUUUACAAAAAUCCUGAUGCUUAUACCUGGCAAUGAUAGUUAUUUGUGGUUUCUUUCGUAUUCGCUUUCUUUAAAGCAGAAAAUGUAUAUUUGUAAAAAACUAGUCAAAAUGGUUUCUGAAUCAGCAUAAUACAUUUUAAUUCUUUAUACAUCUUUAUGUGUAUAUUUACCAUAGUAUAUUCUUUGUCAAUACCUCUUCCAUUUACAUUGAAUUCCAUGCUAAUCUAAGCCUAAUUUAUGUAUGUGACUUUCAGCUAAAUACUCAAAUGAAUUUGUGUAUUUUAUUUUCCUUUUUACUUUUUAGUCUACCAGCAUCAGAGAGCUUUGUUGGCUGUUCAAAUCACCCUUUGUUUUUACUCUAAUAUAUCCAUCUGUUUCCCGCCCAUUAACGUUGAUCCUUACCUCUGGUUCUAGAGAGGUACCCUAAGGAAAUAAAGAUUUGGAGAGGAGUCUCUAGUGUAAUUUAUAUGUAUAUUUUAUCUAAUCAGUUAUUUUCUAGGGUUUGGUCUGAUGUACAUCCAUCUCUGUACAGGGAUUUUCCAAUACAAUGCUCCUUAUACCCUUAAAUAUUUUUUAUGUUACAGUUGAUCCUCGAUCUGAUCUAUACCUUGUAACUAUUUUAGAUUUCAUCGAAAAGCAGGCGGCAUAUAGGUAUUACUAUGUCGGCGGCGGAGGCGGUGUCCACAUAGGGGUUUCCAUGCAAUAACUCAAGUAUCCCUUGGGCCGUUCAAACUCAAACUUCAUGCAGAUCUUCCUUACUAAAAGUUCUUGCUUUAGACUGCUUUUCUGGUCUGAAAAUCGAAGGUCAAUGUCACUUUUACUGAAAAUACAAAAUUUGUUUUCUUGUGAUAAUGUAAGUUCCUUCAUUAUGUCGGUGGUAGCAAUGAUGGCAUCCGCACAGAGGUUUCCACGCAAUAACUAAGUUCCCUUAGGCUGAUCAAACUCAAUUUUCAUGUAGUUUUUCCUUACCACAAGUGCUUGGGAUUGUUAUUGUUACUCAAUACUGGUUCCAAGGUCAGAGGUCAAGGUCACUGUUGCUAUAAGUAGAAAAUCAGUUUCCGUGCAAUAACUCUAGUUCUCUUGGGCAACUCAAACUUUAUGCUGUGCUCACAUUGACAUUGAAAAAGCCUUGAAAAGGCCUUGAAAAUUUAUUUGAUGAAAAAAUGAGUAGAAUUAUGAUUUUGUUAAAGUAGAUAUACAUCUAUAUAUAUUUAAGUGAGGUUGUUAUAUGUAUUUUAUUGAUCUGGUUGUAUGUAUGUGAGAAGAUGUACUUUUUAUAUACAGGUUGAACUAAAAUAAGAUUUUGUAUGGAUUAUAGAUGUUUUGAGGAAGUAUCCAAUGUCCAAUGGGGGUAGUUGAAUACAUCAUGGAGUUAGAUGGAUAAUUCAUGAGGGCAGAUAAGUGCUUACUGGGUGCCCCCACCCCCCUCUCCCCUGCAAGACUGGACAGGGCUAUUUUUUUUUGUCAAGAAUUGCUCAGCAAUACUAGAUUAUCUCCCCCUAGUUUGAAACUUCAGACAUAUCAUAGAGAAAAAAAUUGUAAAGCUCAAUAUAUUCUGGAGACAGGGGGCCAGUCAAAGCAACCCCCACUCCCAUCUAAAAAAGAAAUGUCUGAAAAUGUGCUGUACACACUAGUGAAGGUCCAGAUACACAGACUGUAACAUAUAUUCUCAGCUUCCCGUGGCUGACAACUGCUGUACAUUUGAUGCAGGCAGUAAGAUGGCUCCCCUUGGCUGACAACAGAAGUACAUUUGACGCAUGCAGUAAGAUGGAUUCAUUUAUCAAAGUAUUUGUUUUAUUAUAGUGUUGGCUAUAGAAUUUUAGAUCUUUUAUUGGCAAUUCUUAACAAAAUGAAUGUUUACAUCUUUAUUUUAACAUCUAUGACAUAUAGUGGUGUAAUAGUCCCAAAUCAUAUUUUCUUAUAGCAUAACGAUGGGUUAGUUCGUUUAAAGUUUUGAUAUAGUUAAUAAUUUAAAUAUUUUGAAUAUUUGUUAUGUACUUAUUGUUGUCAGAUUCAUUGACCAUUGAACAUAUUUUAUUUGGGGUAAACUUUUUGAAGCUUAUGUCAGGUUUUUUUUCAAAACAUGCUUAUCGGUAAACAAAUACAGGUAUUUCAGCUUGAACAAAUGUUAACACAUUUUAAGAAGUCAUCCCAGAUACUAUUUUUGAGUUAUAGUUCCAUUAUCUAGUCAAUGUUGUAAUACCAAGUGCUUAAUGAGUGCGCGAGCUUCAUGCCAUACAUCUGUAUAUAUAAUCAACACCUCUAAUGGGAUAUGAAACACUAAAAAAUGCUACCUCACAAGAAGAUUCCCAAUCCAAUCACCAUCAUACCUAUGUUUGAGUACAGGUCAUCAGAGUUAUUCCCCCUGUGAGCUCUGAUAAAUAUGCUAAUGUACUCUAGAGUCCUGUUAGAUGUGAUGAAAUAUAAAGGGAAGAUAACUCAUUGUUAUGUGAUAAAAAGAAAGACCUCAAUUAUGUGUUGUAUUACUUUUAUUUUCAUGGUAAGGUAAUGUUUUUAUCCUUCAAUAAUGUAAUAUUUAUUGUAAUCUAUUACUUCAAGAAAGGUUAUAUGUUUUCUUUCAUGUCUAUUGACAAAAUGUUCUUUUCUAAAAAAAAAUGUUCAAAUUAACAUAUUUUCGUGAAAACAGAGAAUUGUGGCAUGUUUUUCAUCCUUAUUUUGAAAUAAUCAGGUUUUUUGUUUUCUGACUGUGUCAUAUCCCCUUAAAUAUGAAUUUAACAAUAGCCAAUAAGCCAAAUAAUGAAUUAAACCAUACUACAGCAUUAAUUCAGUCAUACCAUUUAAAGUCAGAGUUUGGAAAUGGAGAACUGAGAAAUCGCAAUGUAGCAUGAAUUCAUAGUCAUUUUACUAGAAGAGCCACUGACCACAUGUUUUAUAAAAAAAAAUAACAAAAUUUCAUGAUUAUACGAUUUUAUUCAUUUUUUUUUCUUUUCAUUUCUUGAGAAUGUUUUGUAGGCUAUUUUGAUGUCAUACCUUUAUCAGUGCAAGACAAGUAUGUUAAAAAGGUCUAGGCAGUUUAAAGAUCAGUAUUGUCCUUGAUAUCAAUGUCUAUGUUUAUAUCUAUAUAUGUAUACUUAAAUGAAUCAAUAUUCUUUUAAAUAGGACAAGAAUCGACCCUAUCUUAUCAACUGACAGUAUUUCAAAAGCAUUUGAAAGUGUUCCCAUAUCUCUUCAUCAAUUUUGAAUUUAAAUCUUGAAAUUUUGGAGUACAUAUAUUCCCUAUGGAAAAUAUGUCCAAGAUUUUUGUAGUAGUUGAAAAAUAAUGCAUUCAUUUCAAAUCAUAUUUACAUUAAACCUUCUUCACUUUUGUUUUGUCCUCACAGCUGUGUGCUAUAAUAUUCCAGUAUAAAUGCUUAUUCUAUUAAAACUGUAACAUGUCAAAUAAAUGUCAAAUAAUGAAUUAUAACCCAUUAGAAAAAAUGAUUUUAUUAGAAAUAAAUUUAAAGGAAGUUCCAUAGUCCCCAUGAACUGAAUAAAAGCAUUCUUUUCUUGUAUCUUUAAUUGAUAUGUCACUUAGUAUUUAUAUCACUAUAAUUGUACAUAUGUUGUCAUUGUUGGUGUAUGUUGUUAUACCUAUUUAGUUUUUUUUUUAUACAGAUCUUAGAAGUGUAUACAAUGUAUAUGUUUAAUAUUUUACUGUUAUAGCAGUAUAUUAAUAUGAUGAGUGCUCACAAUUUUCUUGAAAAUGUUAGAAAAUAUGUUAAGAAGUGCUUCCUCUUGAUAAUUACACAAUCAAUUUACAUUUACAUUUUGAAACUGAAAAAUUAGCAUAAUUGUUAAAAUGCAAUCUACCCCUGUUUUUACAGAGAAUGUCUACCAUCACUACACUUGUAUUUUUAACAGUGAAAAUGUUUCACAGAAUGCACUUGUUAUUUUUUGAAAAUUUUAUGUAUUUGGUCACAAUCUGAUGAAUAAAAAAUCUGUUUGAAUUCAAAA